AGUUGUUGAGGGGGACGAAUUUACCUUCCCCCUCCUCCCCACUUUUCAUCCUAAGUUGUGAAUUCAGGCUUCUCCUUCUACACGCAUAUCCAUCCCUUUCUUCGUGCCUUUCUUUCUUUCUCUCUCCCGUUUGCACCAACCACACAAGCCCACCGACAGCGCGCGCAUCAACUCAACGCUGCAACACGCACGGUAGAUCACACCGUCGCACCCUUCUUCCUCAUCUUCUUCUUUUCGCAACUCUUCGUGCUGUUCUCUCGCUCUUCUACUCCUCGCGGGCCGGCAGACUUCAACCGACAUCGCUUUUUCGUUUAAGAGUGCUCCAUCUUUCUCUUUGCUAUUGACUACUCUGUGCUUUUUUUUUUUGCUUUGCUUUUCACCGUUCGCCAUGUCUCGCGCCGCCGCCAAGUUCAAGAUCCCGAUGCCGGCCACGAAGGCCGACUGCAGCUUCCCCUCGCUUCGCGCCUUCUCCAUCGUCGUCGCGGUCGAUCAGCAGCACGGCAUCGGCGAUGGCGAGACCAUCCCGUGGCGGGUGCCGGAGGACGUAGCCUUCUUCAAAGACCAAACUACGUUGCUGCGCAACAAGAAGCCGCCGACGGAGAAGAAGCGCAAUGCCGUCGUGAUGGGCCGCAAGACGUGGGAGAGCGUGCCGCUGAAGUUCCGUCCGCUAAAGGGCCGCCUCAACGUCGUGCUCUCCUCACAGGCGACGGUGGCGGAUUUGCUGGCGGAGCUGCCGGCUGAGAAGCGCGACGAGGCGGCGGCCAACGUGCUCGUCGUCAACGGCGGCUUGAAGGAGGUCCUCCACACACUGGCCCGCCCGCCCUACUGCAGCGCCGUGGAGACGGUGUACUGCAUCGGCGGUGCGCGUGUGUACUCGGAGGCGAUGCAGUCCCCCUGUGUGGAGAAGAUGCACGAGGUGUUUCUCACGCGCGUGCACACGACAGCGCCGACGUGCAACCGCUUCUUUCCUUUCCCACCGUCACCUCCCCCCGCGUCCGGCGAGGCAGCGAGCGCGGUGCCGCAGUGGGAUGUGGAGUCGACCACCGGUGUGCGGAAGAGCACGGACGAGGCGGGACUGGAGUACGAGAUUCUCAAGUACGUCCCGCACAACGCGCAGGAGCGGCAGUACCUGGAACUGAUCGACCGCAUCAUGAAGACCGGCAUCCUGAAGGAGGACCGCACGGGUGUGGGCACGAUCGGCCUCUUCGGUGCGCAGAUGCGCUUCUCCCUGCGAGACAAUCAACUGCCGCUGCUCACCACGAAGCGGGUCUUCUGGCGCGGUGUCUGCGAGGAGCUCAUCUGGUUCCUGCGCGGCGAGACGAACGCCCAGCUUCUGGCGGACAAGGACAUUCACAUCUGGGACGGCAACGGCUCGCGGGAGUUUCUCGAUGGCCGCGGACUGACGGAGAACAAAGAGAUGGACCUCGGCCCGGUCUACGGCUUUCAGUGGCGCCAUUUCGGGGCAGAUUACCGCGGCUUCGACGCCAACUACGACGGCGAGGGCGUCGAUCAAAUCAAGUCCAUCGUGGAGACGCUCAAGACGAACCCGAAUGAUCGCCGACUGCUCUUCACGGCGUGGAACCCGUGCGCGCUGCACAAGAUGGCGUUGCCUCCGUGCCACCUGCUCGGCCAAUUCUACGUCAACCCGCACACGAAGGAGCUGUCCUGCAUGUUGUACCAGCGCUCGUGUGACAUGGGCCUUGGCGUCCCCUUCAACAUCGCCUCCUACGCCCUCUUAACGAUUCUGAUCGCGAAGGCGACGGGUCUGCGCCCGGGGGAGCUGGUGCACACGCUGGGCGACGCCCACGUCUACAGCACCCACGUCGAGGCGCUGACGGAGCAGCUGCGGCGGGUGCCGCGUGCCUUCCCGGUGCUGGUGUUCAAGAAGGAGCGGGAGUUCUUGGAGGACUACGAGUCGACGGACAUGGAGGUGGUGGAUUACGUGCCGUACCCGCCCAUCAAGAUGGAGAUGGCGGUGUAA